GGCCUCGGUGCCGCAUAGUGUGAAAGAAACUUUGUCCGUGCCAAAAUCGAGCAUGUCUGUUUAAAUACUCUGACUAUGGCCAAUGAGAAUAACUAUUUUUUUAGUUGAAAGUAGCCACUAUAGAAACGUGAACGUUGAACGUAUAGACCAUCCUUGCAUUUUUUACUGGGAAGCUCAUCGAAGAGGUUACGACACUCAGGUACCACAGGAUUACAAAUACCCACGGCCACAAGCCCGUGCCAAGCGUCAUGGUGUGUGUAGGCCGGCUAAAGGAUGACCCUCUAUUUGGAGUCGACUCUCGGUGGAGCUGGAUCACCGCCUUCUUUUGUGCCUGGGUGCUGUUCCUGGGCAUGGCGACGCCCCGUAUAGCUGGCAUCUUCUUCUACGGAAUCGUCGAGACAUUCGGUGUAACCAGAGCGGAGGCUUCGUGGCCCGUGUCGCUGGCGGGUACCUUCACGGUUAUGGGAGGCCCGAUAGUUGGCUACCUUUGCCAACGUUUUUCCUGCCGGGCCGUCCUCUUAGUGUGCUCGUCUCUGGCAGGAAUUGGGGCGAGUCUGUGCUUCCUGGCGAAAAGUCUGCUAUUUAUCACAAUUUCCUUUGGAUUUGUUCAUGGUGGUGCGUUGUGCGGCUUGUUCGUUUCCUGCAAUGUUUUGGUGGCCCAACACUUUGAGAAACGAAGAGCAACGGCCACCAGCCUAGUGUUCACAGUUUUCGGCUUCAACUCCGUCAUAAUUUCGCCAUUGCUCGAGUUCUUCCGAACCACUUACGGUGUCCGCGGUGCUUUUCUUCUCUACGGAGCGAUUCUCCUAAAUGCGGUUCCAGCCGUUAUUGUUCUCAGAAGCCCGCUAUGGUUGACGAAGCAGAAAAUUAGGAGAGCGCCGAAAUGCGAAGAAGAGGAUGAAGGAAACGUAUCAUGCGUUUUGAUUGAAUCAGCCAACGCGGACGCAGAUGUCAGCAAGGGAAUGGACAAAGAAAACGAAUCUCAGCGCUCAAAUCAAAUAUCAAACUGUGAUCAGUUGUCACCAUCUUCUGCUAAACACAAAAAUGGCAUCUCUCAUACCGAGCAGUUCUCACGCAAGAACUCCGUUAAACUGAUGGAAGCCAAGAAGUUCCUGCUACCAUUUAGUCUUCCUAAAACGGCGAGGCAAUUCUUGACAUUAUCUUUUCUUGUUCACGCAUUGUCUUACGCCGCCGUUGUGUUUACAGUUGGCGUCUUUGUCCUGAUUCCAGCAGAUCUCGCCAGCGACCGUGGCCUUAAUCCUUCGAAUGUUGUUUAUUUCCUGCAAGCUUUCUCCGCAGCGGACAUCGCCUUCAGAUCGGUAGUGGGCAUCGCCAUCGAUUCGCGUACCUUAUCGUAUGAAUCGAUCAUGCUACUCGGAUUCGCAGUGCAGGGACUCACUUACGAGUGGCUCGUCUGGGCGAAUACACUACCGCAAAUGAUUACGGCUUCCGCCUUCGUGGGUGCCACGUAUGGGUCAAGAUCGUGCCUCCUGGCACCAGCCUUGGUCAAGGACUUCAGCAUCGGCACGUUGCCGGUGAUUAUGGGUGGUGUGUUCUUCUGCACAGGUGUAUCUCUUCUUCUCCGUCCACCACUGAUCGGGCACUACAGGGACACAUAUGGAGACUACACCGGCCUGCUACAUUUGAUGGCGGCACUCAACGCAUUCUUCGUUUGCAUUUGGACGCUCAAGCUGGUUGCUCAGAGGAGAUCAAAGAAUACGGCGUCACUUCCACCUACUGCCCUAAAACAAAACUCUAUAAGCAAGCACAGCAGCGAUUAAUACCAGACUCAAAGAAGGGCACUUACAGAUCAGGACUGGAAGUUCGGUUCUGACAUGUCAAGCCCAACUAUUUGGGCUUAAACAACAGCGAGGAAGUGGAGCAAGGAAGCUUUACUUCAUGUAGGCUAUAGGUUCAAUUCAACCGCAUUAAAAACGGAAGAAUGGCGAUAAGAGAGGAGGACG